GCUUUUUACUGAAACAGUUGCAUUACAAAUGAUGAUCACUGCUCUGUCGUCAAAGUUGUAUAUAUACACACCCAUUGAGAGAUCACUUGUCAGUUGUACUAGAUUCCAAUUUCCAUGGUACCUGUAGUUCCCUUCUGAACCAAGACAAAGACACCAAAGUUCAGAGAGUUAUAGAUCAGGCAGUGCUGAACUGCUGAGUGCCCUCCGUCUCUACAUCUCCAAUGCCAAUCAGAGUGCAUGUCUUGGUCAGCUCUGCCACACAAGUCGUCAGUUCGUCGGUGUCCGUCUGCCGGCUCGUCGCCUUCCACCUCAGCCCGCUUCUGCUUCACCUGUCCUACUUCCUCGCCAUUGAUCUGCUCGGCUUCCUUGCCCUGGUGCUCCUCAAGCCAAGCAGCCCCGGGUACCGCCCUCGGUACGUCGACUUGUUCUUCAUGUCCACGUCUGCGGCCACGGUCACCGGACUAGCCACCGUCAAGAUGGAGGACCUCUCCAGCUCCCACAUCGUGGUCCUCACCCUUCUCAUGCUCUUGGGCAGCGAGAUGUUCGUCUCCUUGCUCGGGCUCCUCCUUGAGUCGCGCAAGCAAAGACGGCACGAUCCUGAUCAUGGCAGCAGCAGGGUAAGAUCGUCGGCCGUCACCGUUUGCGACGAGUCGAAUCUCGAAGAGGCGAAUCCGCCUGCUCCGUCGUCCGCGAGCUCCGACGAUCGCAAGGAGAGCUGCCUGAGAAGCUUAGCGGUUGUGUUCUCGGUCUACAUGGCCACGAUCCUCGCUCUCGGCUCCCUGCUGGUGUUCGUGUACGUCGCCACUGUCUCGAGCGCGCGAGAUGUGCUGGCGAGGAAGGGCAUCAACUCCGCGCUCUUCUCGGCGUCGGUCACCGUGUCGUCCUUCACCAACGGCGGGCUGCUCCCGACCAACGAGAGCAUGGCGGCGUUCGCGGCGAACCGCGGCCUCCUGCUCCUGCUCGCCGGCCAGAUCCUGGCCGGCAACACGCUGCUCCCGGUGUUCCUCAGGCUGGUGGUAUGGGCCACGAGAGGGCUAGCGAGGGUGUUCACCGGUAGGCGUGGGUCCGAAGGGCUCGAGUCCAUGGCGGAGGACGCCGUGGAGGCGGGCUUCGGCCACCUGCUGCUGCCUGGGUUGCAGACGGUGUUCGUCGCCGUCACGGUCGUUGCUGUGGCCGCCGCGGCAGUGACGCUCCUCUGCUGCCUGAACUGGGACUCCGCGGUGUUCGACGGGCUCACCGCCGGUGAGAAGAUCACCAACGCGCUGUUCAUGGCGGUGAACGCGCGGCAGGCCGGGGAGAACUCCGUCGACUGCUCGCUCGUCGCGCCGGCGGUGCUCGUGCUGUUCCUCUCCAUGAUGUGCAUCCCGGCCACGGCGACAUUCUUCUCCGUACACAACGGCGGCGGCGCAGCGGCCGGCGACGGAAACGAAGGAGAACCGGAACCCAAGCAUGGGGCGGCAAAGAAGAGAAGAUCAUUGUCACUGAACAGCAGCAUGUUCCUGACACCACAAGCCUGCGUCGCUUCAGGGACGAUGCUCGUCUGCGUCACCGAGAGGCGGUCGCUCUCUGGCGACCCUCUCAACUUCUCUACGUUCAACAUGAUCUUCGAGGUGCUCAGUGCCUAUGGGAACUUGGGGCUGUCCACUGGCUACAGCUGCUCGAGGCUGCUGCGGCCGGAGGAGGCGAGCGCCUGCCAUGACAAGCCGUACAGCUUCUCCGGGUGGUGGAGCGACCAGGGGAAGCUGGUCCUCGUUCUCCUCAUGCUCUACGGGAGGCUCAAAGGUUUCGACAAAAAGCAUCGCAGGAGCUGAUCAAAGCCAGUGCCCUGAGUGUGAGUGAUCCGGGGAUCGAAUUUGAAACUCCAGCUGCAAGGCAUCAGUCCUAGCUACACAUACGUGCGAAAAUUCUUGGAAAAUCCAUGGACGCAAGGGAUGAAAAUGCGACAUUCAGAGUUAAUAGUGAGCAGAACAAUGAUAAAUAGGAAAAAAAAAUCAGAUUAAGGAUGAUUCGAAGGUUUUGUAGAGUACAUGUUAGAUAUAUUAUUUUUUGUUUUUGUAAAAGAAAAACAUACUAGUAGAUGAUACGGGGUAGUAUACAGUUUGUGUAAAAUUGUGCAUGCUUUGUGUCCUUCAAUUCUUGUGUUGUUAUUGGAGCUCCUAUCUAUCUUGUGGAGUGGAAGAUGGAUAAGCUCGUAACUUCGAAGCCAA